CAGCAAAAAAAUGAAAAACACCGGCAGCUAUUAAAAAAUGGAAUAUUAGAUGGAGUAUCCACAUCAAAAUAUUCCAGAACUGUACCAAUUUCGAAAGAAUUAAUUGACGAAACUUUAAUAAUAUCUGACAUGUUCAAUGUUGACGAAAUGAUGGCUCUAGAAUUACUUUGCACUGCUCAAAGGGAAAUGUUUAAGCACCCCGGAUUGUCAAGAGGAUUAGUUGCUGUGCUACUUUACUAUGAUGGCAAAAGAGCAUUAAUUUACUCCCUUCGUGACCUUGUUCGAGCAACUAAUGGAAUUUCUUGGGAAACCGAUAUACCAAAAGAGAUAACAAGAUUAAUUUCGUCAUAUACGCAGAAUUUAGUCAACCAUUACAACAUUCUUGAGAGAAUCGUGAGUCUAUUAGAAGACUUUGAUAUAUCGAAGGAGGUAAGUAUUUAAUAAAUAAAUAUUGUU